AUGGAUGCCGGAAGUAAUAUGACAAAAGCUCAACUUUUGGCAAAAAUUAAUGAAUUAACUAAAACGUUCGAGGAACAAAAAAAUGAAAUGAAAAAAACGUUUGAGGAACAAAAAAAUGAAAUAAAAAAAAACCAUGCUAAUGAAAUCAGUCUUUUCCGAGAAAUAAUUACCACAAAAGAUAAAGAAAUUACAAAUUUGAUGUCUAUUAUUGAUAAUCAUGCUAAAGAAAUCGAACGAAUUGAUGAAAUGAGAAGAAAACAUGAAUAUGAAUACAAUGAAAGGUUGAAAGAAAAGGAUAAAAUCCACAAACGUGAAAAAGAAGAACGAGAAAGAACCUACAAACGUGAAACUGAUCUCUUGCAACAAACCAUAGAUCGUUUGGAACAAACUAUUCGCUCCUUACAAACUCAAAUUA